AGAGAGAGAGAGAGUGGUUAUAGUGUGGAUUUUUCGCUUUUGAAGAAGAGGAAGAAAAUAAUUUGAUGUUGAAAGAAGAUAAAAAAAAAUAAUAAUAAUGAUGAUGAUGAUGACACUAAGAAAGUGAAAGUAAAUAUAUUGCGUGACUGCUUCAAGUGCACACACACACACACACACACACACACACACACACACACACGCACUGAUACACACACACACACACACACACACACACACACACACACACACACACAAACAAACACAAAUUUUACACCUACUAGAGUACGAGAGAGAGAGAGAGAGAGAGAGAGAGAGAGAGAGAGAGCAAACUCAUCUCUGUUGGAGUGGAGAAAAAGACAAAUUAAUUUCGGUUUCUCUCACUCACACACACAGACACACACACACACGCACGCACACAUGGCCAUACCUGUGAGUGGGAAAAAAUAAAAUUAAUUAACAACAUAUCUUUUUACUGAGAGAGAGAGAGAGAGAGAGAGAGAGAGAGAGAGAGAGAGAGUGUUAAAGAUAGACAGAUAGAUAAAGAAAAGCACACACACACACACACACACACACACACACACACACACACACACACACACACACACACACAUACACACACAAUGCACGCCAAGGUGAUCAUCGUCGCUUCCUUCCUCGUCAUCGUCCUCAACACUCUUCAUGUCUCGGCUGACGAGGGUGAGGAGGACGGUCUGCCUCGCUUCGUCUCUGCCAUCCAGAAUGUGACAGUCUCCGUGGGCCGUGAUGCCAGGCUACACUGCGUUGUGGAGAACCUGGGAGACUACCGGGUUGCAUGGAUCUACAAAGGCACGGGCGGACGGACGGUGUUGACAGUCGCCACUCAGGUAAUCACGAAGAACCCGCGUAUCUCGGCGACCCAGGAGGCGCAGGCGUGGGUGCUGACCGUGAUGAGCCUGACACAGCGGGACCAAGGCGUGUACAUGUGCCAGGUCAACACCAAGCCGGCACGGAAGCAGCUUGGGUACAUCAGGGUGGUGGUACCCCCCACCAUUGACGACGGGGCCAGCAGCAGCAGUGACGUCGCCGUGCGUGAGGACGAGCGCGCCGAGCUGACCUGCGCCGCCAGUGGUGAUCCGCCGCCCGACAUUCGCUGGGUCAGGGAGGACGGCCAGCCCCUCCCCCUGCCGCGACCUGACCCUGCUAGCGGCGGUGGUGGUGGUGGUGAUGGUGGUGGUGGUGAUGUUAUUACUGCUACUACUACUACUGCUACUGAUGGUGUGACUUCUACUACUACUACUACUACUACUGCAACCACUGCGAUCUCCUCCUCCUCCUUCUCCUCCUCCUCUUCCUCUUCCUCCUCUUCUUCCUCGUCUACUGGUUCUUCUUCGUCUUCGUCUUCUUCUUCUGGAUACGAGGAGGAGGAAGAUGACGAUGAAAUAGAUGAUUCUGCGACAGAGGAGCACACAGGCCGCAGUCUGGUGGUGGAGCGCGUGUCUCGGUACGCCAGCGGGGCCUACCUCUGCAUCGCGACCAACGGUGUGCCGCCCGCUGUCAGCAAGCGAAUCCUGCUCUCCGUUAGCUACCCACCCGAAAUCAAGCACCAGGAACAAGACCAAGAGGAACAAGUGCCAGUCCCCUCCACUAUCCAUGCUGUCGGUGGUGUUGGCAUGGUGGUGGGCGUGUUGGGCGGCGUGGGCGGCGUGGGCGUGAUGCGGUGCAGCUUCGAGGCUUGGCCGCUGGGUGGGGUGCGGUGGGCGCGGGCGGACGGGCGUAGAAAUGUGACGAGAAGGGAUGCGAAGGUCACCACGACGAGGGAUGAGAAGGCCUCGUGGGGUGUAUGGACGUCAGAGCUGCGACUAGUUGUGUCCUCUAGCGGUGACUUCGGGAACUACCGCUGCAUCGUAACCAACCUGCUCGGGGAGGCCGCCUGCUCCUUCACACUUGUCGAAAUCACCACCACCACCACAACCACCACCACCACCACUACCACCACCACCACCACCGCACCACCACCACCACCACCUCCUUAUCACAACCAGCACGCACCACCACCAGCACCACCACCAGCCUUCACCACCACCACCACCUCACCACCGUUUGUGACGUGGAAGAAAGUUCAUGACAAGGCCAGCACCAGCACCACCAGCCCCAACAGCGUGCUCGGAGGGGGGGCAGCAGGAGGGAGGGGGGCGGGGGGCGGCGACCCCUCCCCAAAACACCAGAAGACGCCCCUCAGAUACUUCGAGCCGCCCACCUCCUCCUCGCCUCGUCCUCUUCCCUCCUCCUCGUCCUUCCUCGGGGCGUGGUUGCUACAAGUCGUCCUCGUCAUCAUCGUCAUCAGCGGCAGAACGACUUAAUGAGGACGCCUAGACACACACACACACACACACACACACACACACACACACACACACACACACACACGACGUAUUUCACACAUUUCUUUUAUUUAUCUUUGUAUCUAUUCAUUAGUUUAUAUUUUCAUUGAUAUAUUUAUUUAUCUUUUAAUUUAGUACCCGCUUCAAUUUUCUGACCCGUUUUUUUUUUCUAACUAACUAAUUCUCACACUCUUCAACAUCAUUCAUAACACCCUCUACCCCAUACGCUUCAUUCUAUUACUAUUUUUAUUCACCAUUACAUAUCAUUCAUAAUUAUUUGUGUAUUCAUAACUAUUCCUAUAUGUAUACUAAAAGACAGACAUUCUCUAUUAUAAUUUUAUCAUUCAUCACUAUAUCUAUACUGUUCAUUGGUUUGCUUAUAUAUUAUUUCACUAUUAGCCAGUUUGUGUUCCUUGCAUGCAUAAAAA